UCUCGCAACGUUCAAACGCCUUUCACAACAUAUUAAAACAUGUAAAUUUCCAUUGUAAUAAAGUUUUACAGCUACAAUUAGGUAUUCAAGUGAUAUUGCCAAGUAAACAAGCUUUAUCUGUGAGUGAUAACAGCAACAGCAUUCGUGGUCCCGUCUCCCAGAGGAGCGAACGUGUAUAUUAUUUUUGGGUUUUAUUUAGUUUUCUAGUGGAAAUAGUGAAAUUGUGUUGAAAAUGCGGCGAGGCGGUGCGAGGCGCGCUCGCGGCGCUCGCGGGUCAUGAACGACGUGAAACAGAUGUGAACCGUUUGCCUUCCACGACGCACGUGUUUGUGAUUUGUGUUUUGUGCGAACUGUACCGUACCAUCAGUGACGCGAUCCAGUUCUAAAGAUUUCAACCCUGCUCAUCGCCAAGUUGAAAUGUUGCACUUAUCGAAACUUUAAAGCUUCAUGUCAUUAAAGUUUCGAAGGUUCAGGAGUAGAACGCGCGAAGAUAAAGAAAGUGACUAUUUCGAAAGUGUGAAAUCGAGGACUAGCCGGUCCUUGAUGAACCCGACAACUUACAAUCCUUGCGCUCUUACACUUUGUAUCUCCAAACGGCCUUGUCGCUAUUCAGCUAGAGACCCAAGAUUAAGACAAUCGUCGAGAGAAAUCAGGAUCUCCUCGACGUAGACAGUCUAUCUGGGUGUCAUACCCAAAUUCGGUAGAAAUCAACGUUCCUUAGAGGCGUGAAUUAGAGCACUCAAGUACGUACUUAGACCCGUACUUAAAACAACGCUCGCGUUAAAAACUAAUGGACUCGCAAAGAGCCCAGGCAAAUGGAAUUCCAGGGAAAGAGAAAGCAUUCAAGUAUGAACAAAAGGUACCGUCUGAAGAGGAGAAGACUACGUCUCCAUUACUUUACAAAGCCGACAAUAUUAAGUAUAUAGAUGCGGCGGAUGACGAGAAGUUGAACAAUGAGGACAAGCGUGAUAGAGAUUUAAAUACUGUCAAUUCUAUGAAAACGAACCAUGUUACGGACAGUUUGGCUGUGUCCUAUACUAAGAAUGAAAAAGAUGAGGAUGCGGUUUCUACAAAUGAAGGAGUUAAGUUCUUGGGGCUGGGCGAUACGGACAGUAUUUGCUCGAGCAAGCCGCCCGAAGAGCAAGGCCCACAGAUACCUGACGGUGGUUGGGGAUGGGUAGUUGUACUCGCGUCAUUCUUGAUCGCGACCGUCGCUGACGGUUUAGCCUUCUCGUAUGGACUAAUAAACGAAAAGUGGGUGAAGCACUUUAAUACGACCGAAGCCAAGGUGUCUUUGAUCGGAAGCUUAUUCAUAUCCGUCCCACUGAUAGCUGGACCUAUCAUGAGCGCCCUUGUAGAUCGGUAUGGAUGCAGGAAAAUGACUAUCUUAGGAGGUGUCGCCUCUACUAUUGGAUUUGUAGCUGCAGCAGUGAGUAACUCUGUGGGAGUUCUGUAUGUGACUUAUGGUCUCAUGGCGGGUCUAGGAAUGGGGCUCUUGUACGUCACCGCUGUUGUGUCCAUAGCAUAUUGGUUUGAGAAGCGAAGAAAUCUGGCUGUAGGACUUGGCUCUUGUGGCGUUGGGUUCGGAACAUUUAUAUAUUCACCACUCACAACGUUUUUAUUGGACUACUACGGAUGGAGAGGAACACUCCUAAUAUUGGCAGGCACGGUACUUAAUGUGUGCGUAUGUGGUGCUAUCAUGAGAGACCCUGAAUGGUUGAUUGAGGAGCAGAAGAAGAGUAGGAAAUUAAGUAAAGCGAAAAGAGCGUCGAGUUCAAUAUCGAUUUCAGCAAAAUCUGCAAAAUCAGGCGGUGGCGAGUCUGUCUAUCCUGGUGCAGAAGAGUUGAAAUCAUUGAUGAAAAGUGGAGAAACACCGGAAUAUAUACUAACGGCUCUAGUAGCAUCUAUAGCAGAAGCAGAACAAGUGGAAGCGACGACCAAAAUGAAUGCAGACCUAUCAGCAGCCAACAAAGUUAGCUCUGUCAUUAACCUGCCAACAUUUUUGCGACAGAGUGAAAAGGUUCCAGUAGAAGUGCUAGAUCUAUUAUCAACCAAUAAACGUCUAUACAAUAUCAUACUACAAAACUACCCAUCACUUCUCGCUUUAAGAAGCAACUCUGAACAAAAGCUCCCAAUCGAGCCAGCUCCAGAAGUGCCUAAAAAUAAGCCUAUUAAAAUGUCAAUGAAACUGAAAUUAAAUAAAAAAGAAAAAAAGAAGGACUUUGAAACAAAACUGGAUAUCGUUAGGGAGAAGCUAUUACAACCGAUUCCAGAAAAUAAGCCAGCCAUUAUAGCUCCUAGAAAUGACCGUCAGGAUUGGUGGAACUUGAAGACAGACAAUCACUACUUAAGAGGUAUCAGAGUGCAUCGCAAUUCCAUUAUGCACAGAGGUGCCAUGAUGAACAUUGCGAAAUACAAGCUACGCGCGUCUUCGUGUCCUGACAUUUACAGGAAUUCCAUGUGGUCAAUAGAAGAGCAAGAGACUGGUGGCUCCUGGGGAAAGCGAGUGAUCGACGCACUGAACAAGACCUUCGACUUCAACAUGUUCACCGAAUUCCACUUCCUGAUGAUGAACCUCUCGACCCUGGUGCUGUUCAUCUGGUUCAUCGUGCCGCUGUUCUACCUGCCUGGCUUCAUGGAGGAGACUGGGUAUUCCACGUACCAGGGUCCGGUGAUGCUCUCGGUCUUCGGUGUAGCUAAUAUUAUUGGUAUUGCAGGUCUCGGCUGGAUGGGCGACUUACCCUGGGUAAACAUCACGAAGACCUACGCGCUCUGCCUCAUCUUCUGCGGAGUCUCCAUCAUCAUGUUCCCCGUCCUCAUCCGCAUCAUGGACCCGUUGGCGCCCCACAGCUUCUACAUCAUCGCUGUGAAUGUAGUUAUCUUCGGGCUGACGUUCUCCAGUUCCUACUCGUAUACUCCGAGCAUCUUGGUGGAGCUUAUUGCGCUGGAGAGGUUCACUAUGGCGUAUGGGUUGGUGCUGCUCAGCCAGGGGUUGGGGCAUCUUGUUGGACCACCUAUGGCUGGUGGCCUGAAAGACAAGACAGGUUACUGGGACGCGGCAUUCUACGUGGCUGGCAUCUGGGUGAUCAUCUCCGGUAUCCUUGUCGGCGUGAUUCCGUACACCAAGAACUUCCGGAUCUGCGGUAACGCCCCGCUGGCGAAGGACGUCGCUUCGGAACCGGACCCGGGUGUUAGGAUCAUUGUACAUUAGACUUUAGAAGAAAUGAGAAGGACGGGUUACUUGGGGCUGUAAGGCCUGAGUGCAUGCACGUUCAUAUUGGACGUGCAGCGUGGCGGGGCGUGCGACGUGCAUGUCAAACAAUUGAAGGUCAUACUAGUGUCCUGAAUCCACGCUCCGUAGCGUGCACGCCGAGCCGAGUCCACUCAGGCUUCUCGGGGAUCAUGGCGUUACCAACACAUGAAGUUGAAAGCACUACUGCGAUCACACAGGAAUUCAAACCCGUUAGGGGUGCCACUGGUGCCAGUACGCAGCAGAACAGAGUAGUUCACUUACGCUCCGUAGAGAGUUGACGGGUCUACCACUCUGUACUUUGAGGCAUUUAAAAACUUAGACAAAUAAUUUGGACAUGUUCGUGUAGUUUUUAUCGGUUGACCAACCAAAUACAAAAACCAAGCGAAUCUGUUGCUGACGACCUUUUUUAUACCACGUCGGUGGCAAACAGGUAUACGGCCCGCCUGAUGGAAAGCGGUCACCGUAACCUAUGGACGCCUGCAUCUCAAGGGGUGUCACAUGCGCGUUGCCGACCCAUUAGAAACUUGUACACUCCUUUUUUGAAGAACCCCAUACUGGAGUUCACCGGGAAUACUUGUCUUUAACUUGCUUAUUUGGUCGGGUAUUCAUCAAGUGGCUUAAGGAGCCUUUUGAGGGUACAUUUUGUUUACAUAUAUUUAAAUACCGAAUGAUACAGACUAAAUUUAUCCUCUAGCGAUCCACCAUACAAAAAUUUGCCAAUCAAAUUUGAAUCAAUGGUACUAUAAAACAGGGCUGAAUUUUUUUUUAAAUCGAACGAAUCAAAACAAAAGCAACUCAAUUCUAUUAAACGUAGAUUCAAAUUACAUCGUAGGUAUUUUGUCCUAGUAUUAGGACAUUGAACCCCAGGAGGAUAGGAUUCAAGCUAAAACUUGAACAUGACACCUGCUGCAGAUUUACACUUUGUGAAGGCCUGUGCUACCCCAUACAAUAUAAUAGCCCCUUGUGAUGAUUUUAAACUGUGAAAUGGAAAUUAGAAAGUUGUGCCUACGCAGUUAUUAAAAUUUGAGUGACUAGUGUGCCUUAGAUUUGUAUGACAUCGCAGUUAUUUAUGAUGAUCUGCAUAGUUUUGUAUAUUAUAAUAGCUAUGAUCAUUGCUUUAUUAAAAUUUGGACAAUCCGUGAUUUUAGUUAGUACAGUACCUAGAUAGCGUUUGGUAUUGUGCCUGUUAUUUUAGAGACACGC